AUGAAGAUCUGUGCCCUGGUGGUGAACGUCCUCUGCACCCCUCUGCACCUCAUCCACGCCGUGGGUCUGUACAAGCUCUACAAACGCCUCUUCCCCUUCUGUUUGUACCGAAUCACCAAAAACUACAACAAGCAACUCCACGAAACCAAGAAGGAGCUUUUUGGCCACGUCUCGCAGUUCAAGCCGCCCGGGAAGCCGCUCUCUCUGCUGGAGAUCGGCUGCGGGACCGGGGCCAACUUCCAGUUCUUCCCCCCCGGGUGCAAGGUGAUCUGCACGGACCCCAAUCCCUUCUUUGACCGGUACCUGACCAGCGCCAUGGGGGAGAACGGCCACCUGACCUACGAGCAGUUCGUGGUCGCGUCCGGGGAGGAUCUGAGCUCGAUCCCGGACGAGUCUGUGGACGUGGUGGCCUGCACGCUGGUCCUGUGUUCGGUCAGAGAUAUCCCCCAGACCCUGCGAGAGGCCCAGCGGGUGCUCCGGCCUGUAAGUGCCCCUAUAGUCAUAUUAGUAUCAUGUUAA